AUGUGUUUGUGUGCACGCAAUACCGAGUGGUGGAUGGUGCCAAGAAGUCAUAAUGGCAAAAUGGCGUCUGGCCUCCACAAUGGCGGUUUCCACCUCCAUGGACCGGUUUAUUCUCCUCGUCUCGGUGGUGCAGGUGGUGGUGUUGUUGGAGCUGCUCAUGUUGACCUUGAUUCAGACAAGGACGCUGGUGCUGCUGACCGGGGUGCCGGUGGUAAUGCUGAUGAUAAUGCCGACUUUGGUGUAAGUGAUGCCGGUGGUGGAUCAGGUGGUUGUUCAAGUUGUGCUGGUGAUGCUGUUGGUCUUAAUGGUUUCGCUGAUGUUGAUGCAGAUUGCGGCGAUGCUGGUACCAAUCGGUUUGCUAGUCAUGCUGCUGACGUUGGUGCAGAUGAUUGUGCCGGUUCUGCUAAUUGUGGGGCUACUGUUGGUGCUAAUGCUUUUGCGAAUGUUGAUAGCCGCCAACCUGCCUUCUCUUCGCACGACUUUACCGCCUUGACAGGCCACUUGGCAUGGCAACACGACUUCGAGACCAGCUCAACUCUGCCCUCCGCAAGAAUGUAA